CUUGCUUUUUAAUUUCAUCCCCCUUUGAAUUUCUCAAAUUAGGUCGGAUUUCAACUUCUUCUGAAUCAGAAUUUUAAGCAAAAAUCACAUUAGUUCGUUUUGUUUACAGGUGCACAAUCCAAUCCGCUUUCAAAAAAUUCAAAGAAGACAUAAAUUCCCACUAUUUCUUGUUUCCGACCGAUUCUUUUUAGGCUGAUUAAAUUGAUGGAUUUUUUCAUUUCAAUUUUGUAAAAUAUGGGUUCUGUUUUUCAAUUCAUUUACCAGAAACUGGUUUCUUUGUUCUCUGUUUUCCUUCAUUUUCUUCAAUUCUUCAGUUUCAUCUCCACAUAUUUUUCCAGGCUUGAAAGGAAAGAAACAGAGGUUAUUUCUGCAGAAAGGAAUCAGAGGGUAACAAUAUCUCAUGAAGCAGAGAAAAAAGUUUCUGAAUUUAGAGGUGUUGAGAAUUAUGUUGAGGAAGAGAAACCUGAAUUCUUUUUGAAAUUUAAGUUUCCGACGUUUGAAGAAUUUAUUAGAUGCAAUAAAGAAAAAGAAAAAUUAUUUGAUUUAGAAGCAAUCCCAUUUGGGAAUUCUAAUAACCAUGAGUUUAUAUCCGGGAAUUGUUUUGGCAGCUUCAUUGAUCAACCCGGGACUUCUCGCACUAAAGAAGAUGAAAUAUAUAGAAAUGGAGAUUCCCCUGAGAGUUCUGAGACUGUUGUUGAUGAGGUUUUUUUGGAUGAGAUUUCGGGGAAAGUUGGUGUUCAAGAUGAAGUGAAAGACGAUUGGAAUAAUGUUAUAGGUGACAGAGAGGAAUGCGAGAAAAAUGAACCAGCUAAAGCAGAGGGAAAGAUUCAAGAUUUUCUCGAUGAUUGUCAAUUCCAUUCAGAUGACAUUUCAAUGUUUACAGAUUCUAAUCCUGAUUCUGAUUCAGAGUCGGCGAGUUUUGGGCUUAUGCGUUCAGUUGUGAGUAGUGCAGCUGAUGGGUUCUUGUCAGAUGGAGAUUUUGCGGGAGAAAAUCAUGGGACAGAGGUUCUUGAUAAUGAAGAGAGUGAUAUAAAGGAAGAACAGAGGACAUUGAAAGAGGAUAAUUUCCAGGAUCCAGGAAUAUCAAACCUUGAAUUUUUGUCUGAGAAUGAUUUCAAUGAAGAUUUAGACAAGACAGAAAAUGGAAAAGCUGAUGAUGAAGGGUUUAAAAGACCAGAUAAUUCAGAUGAUCACGAGUCGAAAGAUUCAUCAAGCAACAGACUGGAAUCAUUGUGGGAACAUCAAGAAUUGAUUGAACAGUUGAAAAUGGAACUCACAAAGGUGAAAGCCACUGGUCUUCCCACCAUUUUCGAAGAAUCCGAGUCCCCAAAACUGAAGGACUUGAAACCAUGGAAAAUCGACGAAAAACUCGUGCAUGAAGAUUGCAUCGAUGAGCUUCACAAAUUUUCCAAUUGCUAUAGCGUGAGAAUGAGGAAAUUCGAUAUCUUGAAUUACCAGAAGAAGUAUGCAACAGGUUUUCUGCAGCUAAAGGAUCCACUUCAAUCAGUUUCUAAAGUAAAAUUUUCAGGUUCAACUCUCAAAUCCAUUUUCUCGCAAAACCUUUGGUUUUCCAAACAUGAAAGCCAUGAUAAUGAUCCAAUGAAGAAGUUCAUCAGAGAACUGCACAGUGAUCUUGAAGUUGUGUAUGUUGGACAAAUGUGCCUUACCUGGGAAUUCUUACACUGGCAGUACGUGAAAGCGUUAGGUCUAUGGGAUUCUGAUCCCCAUGGAAUCCGUCACUACAAUGAGGUUGCUGGUGAAUUUCAGCAGUUUCAAGUUCUUUUGCAAAGAUUUAUCGAAGACGAACCUUUUCAAGGGCCAAGAGUUCACCACUAUAGUAACAGCCGAUGUGCUUUUCGUAACCUUCUUCAAGUUCCAGUCAUUAGAGAGGACAGACUUAAAGACAAAUGCAAGGCAAGAAAGAAGAAACAUACAGAAGAAAAUUUUGUCACUAGUGACAUGCUAGUGGAAAUUGUGGGAGAAUCCAUAAGAAUAUUUUGGCAAUUUGUUGAAGCAGACAAAGAUUGCAACAUUGAAACAAAGCGAACACCUGAGCUUCAUGAUCCUGAAGACCUGCAGCUGUUGAUAGAGAUCAGAAAAAUUCUUCAAAAGAAGGAGAGGAAGCUCAAGGACAUUGUAAGAGGCGAGCGUUGUAUACUCAAAAAGUUUCAACAAUGCCCAGAAGAUGAUUCAAAUAAGGAGAGGAAGCUCAAGGACAUUGUAAGAGGCGAGCGUUGUAUACUCAAAAAGUUUCAACAAUGCCCAGAAGAUGAUUCAAAUGAAGUUCUUUUUUAUUUUGCUCAACUAGAUAUGAAAUUAGCUUCUAGGAAUACAACAAAUAUACAGCAUUCAAUAUUUGCAAUAAUAUUCUCUGUAGUAACAUUUCUUUCUAUUGCGUUGGAGGGAAGGGAUGAUUGGAAAUUUGGAAUAGUAUACGUUGACCUCAAAAAAUAUGCAAACAAAAUCCCAACCUCGUUCCCUCCAACGAAGGAUCAUCUGCACAUUGGAACACUCCACACAAUAGGCAAUAGGCAGGUAUUCUUUAACAAUUUUGAGGCACAAGAAGAUCCAAAUUUUGGUGUCCAUGGAUUUCUGGAUAGGUUGGAAUUCAUCUUGGGAUGUAUACAUCCCAUUUCUGAAAAUGGUAGAGCAAUUUUGACUGAUACAAGCAGUUAUAGAAAUCGUCAUGGAACAAUUUCUCAGAAUGUUUUAGCCGCUUGUAACUUUGAUUUGGAAUUUAUAUACGUGAUUAGUGGAUGGAAGGGAUCAGCACAUGAUUCUAAAUUGUUGAGUGAUGCUUUAACAAGGAGAAAUGGACUUAAAGCGCCACAAGGUAAAUAUUUUUUGGGAGACUGUGGAUUUCCAAAUCGACGUCAAUUUUUAACUCAUUUUCGAGGUGUCCGUUAUCAUCUUCAAGAUUUUGCUGCUCCUCCAUUUCCAUAUCGUACACAAGCGGAACUCGUAUUAGCUUGUGUAGGAUUACACAAUUUUCUUCCGAAAGAAUGUCGUUCCGAUGAAUUUCCAAUUGAACUUGAUAAUAAAGAUUCUUCAUCUUUUUCCGAUUAA